AUGGGUGACCUUCCAAAAGGUCAAGUGUCGGUGUCAUCCCUUCACGCUAACAUGCUACAAGAAGUCACCGGCAGUAGUGCGUCUGAAUAUCUUCUCCAUAGCUACAAGAGGAGCUUCAACGGGUUUGUCGCAAAGUUGACGGAGGAGGAGUCGAAGAAACUGUCCAGCAUGGACGGGGUUGUGUCUGUGUUCCCAAAUGGAAAGAAGAAACUCCUUACGACAAGGUCAUGGGACUUCAUCGGCUUCCCAGUUGAAGCUAAUAGAACAACUACUGAAAGUGACAUUAUUGUUGGAAUGCUGGACACUGGGAUCUGGCCUGAGUCUGCUAGUUUCAGUGAUGAAGGGUAUGGCCCACCACCAACCAAAUGGAAGGGCACUUGUCAAACCUCGUCCAAUUUCACUUGCAACAAUAAAAUUAUUGGAGCUAAAUACUACCGGAGUGAUGGAAAAGUACCUCGAAGGGAUUUUCCAUCACCAAGAGAUUCAGAAGGCCAUGGAUCACACACUGCAUCCACAGCAGCUGGAAACUUAGUUGGUGGGGCAAGCUUACUGGGCAUUGGCACAGGAACAGCUCGAGGAGGGGCUCCUUCAGCCCGCAUUUCAGUGUAUAAGAUAUGUUGGGCAGAUGGUUGUUAUGACGCUGAUAUCCUGGCAGCAUUUGAUGAUGCAAUCGCCGAUGGAGUUGAUGUAAUCUCUCUUUCUGUUGGGGGAUUCUCUCCAUUGGAUUACUUUGAAGACUCAAUUGCAAUUGGAGCUUUCCAUUCCAUGAAGAGUGGGAUACUCACAUCUAAUUCUGCUGGUAAUUCGGGCCCAGAUGCUGCUUCCAUUACAAAUUUCUCGCCUUGGUCUCUGUCAGUUGCUGCUAGCGUCAUUGACAGAAAGUUUGUGACCCCCCUGCAUUUGGGAAACAACCAGACUUAUGUGGGAGUACUCUCUUUAAAUACUUUCGAAAUGAAUGAUAUGGUUCCUCUCAUUUAUGGUGGAGAUGCGCCAAACACGUCAGCAGGUUAUGAUGGAUCUUCUUCCAGGUACUGCUACGAGGAUUCCUUGGACAAGUCUCUGGUAACUGGUAAAAUUGUACUCUGUGAUGAGUUGAGUCUUGGGGUCGGAGCAUUGAGUGCUGGAGCAGUAGGUACUGUAAUGCCACAUGAAGGCAAUACGGAAUAUUCCUUCAAUUUCCCCAUAGCUGCAUCCUGCUUGGACUCCGUCUAUACUAGCAAUGUUCAUGAGUACAUAAACUCAACUAGCACACCAACCGCAAAUAUACAGAAGACCACCGAGGCCAAAAAUGAAUUGGCACCAUUUGUAGUUUCGUUUUCGUCGAGGGGCCCAAACCCUAUUACCCGUGACAUUCUCAGUCCUGACAUCGCCGCGCCAGGAGUUGACAUUCUAGCAGCAUGGACAGGAGCUUCAAGUUUGACAGGAGUUCCAGGGGAUACAAGAGUAGUUCCGUACAAUAUCAUUUCAGGGACGUCCAUGGCUUGUCCACAUGCUUCCGGGGCUGCUGCCUACGUCAAAUCAUUUCACCCAACAUGGUCUCCUUCUGCUAUCAAGUCUGCCAUAAUGACAACUGAGAUCUCUUUCAACUCUUUUUGAAAGUUGCUUUUGCAGACAGCUAAGUUCUAGUAUUAAUAUAACCCAUAUCUUUAAGUAAUGCUCAUGUGUCCAUUGUUAUUGGCAGCUUCUCCCAUGAGUGUUGAAACCAACACCGACCUGGAGUUUGCAUAUGGGGCAGGUCAGUUAAAUCCCCUACAGGCUGCAAAUCCUGGUUUGGUAUAUGAUGCUGGAGCAGCAGAUUACAUCAAGUUUUUGUGUGGGCAAGGCUAUAACGAUACAAAGUUGCAGCUUAUCACCGGAGACAACAGCACUUGCUCUGCAGCCACAAAUGGAACUGUUUGGGAUUUAAACUACCCUUCUUUUGCUGUAUCUACUGAGCAUGGGGCAGGUGUUAUUCGCAGCUUCACUAGAACUGUCACAAACGUCGGAUCACCGGUCUCAACUUACAAGGCAAUUGUGCUUGGCCCUCCAGAACUCAGUAUCCGAGUUGAACCAGGUGUACUUUCAUUCAAAUCCCUUGGAGAGACGCAAACCUUCACCGUCACUGUUGGUGUGGCAGCACUAAGUAGCCCUGUAAUAUCAGGUUCUUUGGUGUGGGAUGAUGGGGUUUACCAAGUGAGAAGCCCCAUAGUUGCUUAUCUUAAUUAG